AUGGCUGGUAUCUUCCACAGUAUCAUUAACUGCGAGCUUUAUCUAUCCCAUGUAGGACCCAAGACUUCCUUGCACAUGAAUAUUUACUUGGCUAUGACUAGUACUUUUGAAAUCCUAAUCUAUGCUCCAAAUAUCGCUGAGGGUAAUGCAACCGAUCACUACUACGGACUGACGACCUGUCCUGGCACCAAAAGUAAUACAUAG